AUGAACAAGAGGAGAAAGAAAGCAAUGAAGAAGAAGAAUAAGGAGAUCCGUGUUGGAGGCUCUCAGGAGAUAGACUCAGGUCAGACUGAGGGUCGACUCAGCUGCUCAGCUGCGGACGGGACCGCACGAAAUGCGGACAAGAGCUCGUCCCGCCUCGGCGAGGAUCUCCUCGCUAGGCCGAGAUAUGAUGACCACACACGGAGGGCCCCGAAGAUCCCGCUCACGAGAGGAAACGCCGAGUCGUCAUCUGCUCUGACUACGGAUCAGGAUUCGUCGAAGAGGAGACUCUACCUAAACGGUGUGCGUGGUGAUGCUUCAGCUCGACUUGUGUACGACCACAUCAGGGAUAACCUUCAGAUCCCGGUCCUCUCUGUUGAUAAGCUGAAUUCCAAGGCGGCUGGCAGAUCUUCCUUCUGCAUAACCGUGGCUCGGGAGUCCUAUGAGGACCUCAACAAUCCAUCCAACUGGGAUCGCAAUAAGGCAGGAGCUGUUGAUGCGAUGCACUCCUAUGCGAAGGAUAACAAAAUCGAUAUCAUGUGCCUGGUCGAGACAUGGCUCACAGAAGGCGUCACCGACGCCGAGUUGUCCGAUAGAGGAAACUUCCAAAUGUUGAUACCAAAGACCAGAAACUGGCUAAAAGCUGACUACUCGUCCAUCACCGAGGAGCUAUGUAAUAUUGACUGGGAUCGCAGACUAUCAGUCGAAUCGGUUGAUCAUAUGCACGAGAGAUGCAUACUGGAAAACACGAUUGUAAGCUCGAACGAUUCGACACGUUUCUACGGCUAUGCGUCGGCUAGGCUCAAAUUGAAGGAUGAGCUAUCCACGUUGAUUGGACCUGACGGAUCCAAAGUCUUCAGUGAUCAGGACAAAUCUGGUCUCCUCUGCGAACUGUUUGAGCGAACCUACCUUGAGGCUUCAGAUGUGCGUACUUCUUCUACAGCGGUACUAUAUCCUUCGAAUGUGGAACUCGUCGAUGACGUGGAUGUAUCGGAAGAUGCAGUUCUACCCGCCAUAUCUGAGACGAAGUGUACUUGGAGUACCAGUCCCGAGAUGAUACCCGCUGGAUUUUUCAAAAGGACUGCACUCGGCGUCGCUCAACCCUCGAGCUUGAUUUACCGAAAAUCCAUGAAUGAGGGAGUUGUAUCCCGGCUCUAUAGAACCGCUUGGAUCGCCCCCCCACACAAAAAGGGCCAACGUAGUGAUCCCAACAACAAACGACCCGUUUCAUUGACCUCAGUGAGCUGUAGGAUACUCGAGAAGAUAAUCUGCAACGCGGUGCUGGGGAAUGCCGAACGGCAAAAUCUGAUAUCAUCUCAGCAACACGUCUACCGGAAGAACCGAUCGACAACAGAUAAUUUGCUCUCCUACUCGAAUUUUGUGGCUUGCGCAUUAAACAAGAAAUGCCCAGUCGAUGCAAUAUACACUGACUUCAAGAGUGCGUUCGAGAAUGCCUCACGACCUUUUGCUCUCGGUUCCCCCGGCCAAGGGAGUGGGCCCGAAGAUAGUCAGAUGGAUCUCGGAGUUCCUACGCCACAGGAGCUUCAGGGUUAA